CUUGUAGCGAUUGGCGAUUGUCGAUGGAAUUUAUUGUCGUCGACGAGUUGAAUGUCGACCGCGGGCCAACAUUCACUGUCGUUGUAUUUCGAAGAUUUUAGAUUGUACAGAAAAUAAAACGGUCGGGAAGAUAACGUGACAUUCGUGUGGCCGUGUUGUCAUGAGGCAGUGAACUCGAGUGCGUACGAACUUGACCAGUUAAAAUGUUCAGGAGUAAAAUUCGGAUACACACAUGCCGGAUAAUAUUGCUCACUUCGCUGGCAUGGCUGCUGGUGGACGUAGUACUCCUGGCCAUGUACUCCGACUGCUUCGGUGAUGGCUGGGACUGCAGCAAAAAAGGAGCCAGUGAUAAUGUCAUUCAGGUUAAUAAUAAAGAAGAGUUUCGGGGCAAAAAGGCUGCAAUUGCAGCUGCAUUACAAGGAAAUCAGAUUGAUAAUGAUGACACAAACUUAGAAGCGAAUGCUGUUGAAGAAGUAAUUGGAGAAGAUGGUAUUAUGCUGUCUCCGUACCCAAAGUCCAGGCUUAAGAGGUGGGACGAAGCACCAUUUGUUAAACCAGAACAAGACGGAUUACCUGGAGAAAUGGGUAAGGCAGUAAAUAUUCCUAUAGAACAAGAGAAGCUGAUGUUGGACAAAUUCCAAGAGAACCAGUUCAAUCUGUUAGCCAGUGACAUGAUUUCAGUCAACAGGUCUUUGACAGACGUCAGGUUUGAGAAAUGCAGAGAUAAAUCCUACCCUACCCUGCUGCCCACGACGAGCGUGGUGAUAGUAUUCCACAAUGAGGCCUGGACGACACUCAUUCGUACGAUAUGGAGUACAAUCAACCGAUCCCCGCGGCCACUUCUCAAGGAGAUCAUACUCGUUGAUGACGCCAGUGAAAAGGAACACUUAGGAAAGAAGUUGGAAGACUACAUCAAGACGUUGCCGGUGCCGACACAUUUGUUCCGCACUGAGAACAGGUCGGGUCUCAUCCGAGCACGUCUGCUGGGCGCCAAACAUGUCAAGGGUGACGUCAUCACCUUCCUCGAUGCCCAUUGCGAAUGCACAGAGGGCUGGCUCGAGCCGCUGUUGGCGCGUAUCGUGGAGGACCGGACGACAGUGGUGUGCCCCAUCAUUGACGUUAUAUCCGACACCACAUUCGAGUACAUUCAGGCAUCCGACAUGACGUGGGGCGGGUUCAACUGGAAACUAAACUUUAGAUGGUAUCGCGUGCCGGAGCGCGAGAUGGCGCGGCGCGGCGGCGACCGCACGGCACCACUCCGCACGCCUACCAUGGCGGGCGGACUGUUCGCCAUCGACAAGGACUACUUCUACCAGAUCGGUUCCUACGACCAGGGCAUGGACAUUUGGGGUGGAGAAAACCUCGAAAUGAGUUUCAGGGUGUGGCAGUGCGGCGGUCGCCUGGAGAUCGUGCCGUGCUCGCACGUGGGCCACGUGUUCCGCGACAAGUCCCCGUACUCGUUCCCCGGCGGGGUGCAGAACGUCGUCCUCCACAACGCGGCCCGCGUCGCCGAAGUCUGGAUGGACGAGUGGGGAGAGUUCUAUUACGCCAUGAACCCAGGCGCACUGAACGUGCCGGUCGGUGACGUCAGCGAGCGCAAGGCGCUGCGCGAGCGCCUCAAGUGCAAGAGCUUCAGGUGGUACCUCGAAAAUAUAUACCCGGAGAGUCAGAUGCCGCUCGACUACUACUAUCUUGGAGAAAUCCGAAACGCGGAGACUUCGAACUGUUUGGACACGCUCGGCGGCAAGGCGGGACAACCGCUCGGCAUGGGAUACUGUCACGGUAUGGGCGGCAACCAGGUGUUUGCGUACACGAAGCGUAAGCAGAUAAUGUCUGACGACAACUGUUUGGAUGCGGCAAACCCGCGAGGCCCCAUUAAGCUGAUCCGAUGCCACGGGAUGCGAGGCAACCAGGAGUGGACGUAUGAUUCGAAGACGAGAACUAUAAAGCACACGAACACAGGCAUGUGCUUAGACAAGCCGGAGGCGGGCGACGUGUGGAAGCCGGUACUGAGGCCGUGCAACCGAUCGCGGGGGCAGCAGUGGCUCAUGCAGGUCGACUUCAAGUGGCAGGCCAGGCACCAGCCCAGCUAGUGAUCGUAUACCAUCAGGAAUGACAACGAUUGACCAUACCAGUCUUCCCCUCUCGUUAGAUAUCAGAUUUUAUUCCUAAUUCCUAUAACUGAAAUUUUAUAUGUAUUAGAUGUAAUGUAACGACACGUGGUCCGAGAACUGUUGACAAUACAUUAUGAAAGCUGUAAUUUGUUGUAUUCCCUGUAAACGUUGCUCAAUUUAGUAUUGCGUCAGAUGUGUUUGUGUGCUUCGUUUGACAUUUGUUUAUUGUUUGAAUAGAGGUUAAUGCGAGAGAUAUUUAUUAUUAAAAAUAUAUUAUUAUAUAGUUAUGAAUCACUAUAUUUGGUUGCUUGUCGAAAGCUAGUGUAUUCUGUAGUGAAGCGUGGUGACUGGUGGUUGAGGCCACGAACGAGCCAUUAGUAGACUUUAGUUACUUAAAUUUACUAAAAUAACUGGUAAUAUGCGCACGCGCAAUAGCUCUCGUGUUCGCAGAAUACUCCAUUCCAUGACCAGUUAAGUCUAGGUAAUGUUAUGACAUAGUUAAUGUUUGUCUAUAUGUAUACAAUAGUUUCUCUUGUUCGUUAUACAUUAAUAAUUAUAUAAUUUUUCAAGUAUUUUCAGAUUAAUUCUGUCACUUCUCAGUCUGAUAGGCAUUUACAAUUGUUCUAACAUAAUUAUACACUAUUUUCUAUACUGUAUAUUUCACUUGAGUAAGUACAUGACCAUAUCUGUUAACUGUUCUGUCUCGUUGUCUUCUAGUACUCGUAGCUUGUAGGG